GUUUGACGACAACGUGAAGGCUACGUGCAGAACUGAACGUUUCAACGUGCCACAAUUGUUUCCUCCUUCACCAGUGAUAACCCACUUAACUUCCCUUUUCGAACAUUGUAGCCUAAUGACCCCGCUUGCUCUUCAGAGAGCCUAUUGAACACAUUUUGUAGGCUACACAGUUAUUGAUUCUGGGCUUUUCUGUAGGCCUAUUAAUACCAAAGAUUGAUACCAGUCUCCGUUCCGUUACCAAUUGUCCUACUAAUUUGUUGUAUUGCCAUUUGAAACACUUAAUUACAGGGUAAAAGACGAUCUAUUGCAUGACAGAGGUGUAAUAAUUAAUCAGGAGCAGACUGGGCACUCAGCCCUCCCAUUCCUCCACGUCACAUCCCUGUAUCUAUGGGUUGCUAUGACGACAGCGUUGCAGCUCGUCUGUGAAGGCAUUCACAGCUGCUGCUGUAUGUGUGAGAAAACUGUCGAGCAGGAAGAGAGAGCAAACCACGAUAAAUAACCUGCAACCAUGAAGAACUCGAGUUAACAUAAUGGCGACCCUAGAAGUGGAUCUUAGAGCUGCCGAUGGAGCAGAAAACGGGUUUCCAGUAGAGGAGGACGCAGUAGAGGAGCAGCCCUGUGAGAAACCGGACAGAAAACAUGUUGAUGCUCUUCUUGACAUCAGUGAGGAGGCGUUUGUGAAAGAGCUGGAGCCCUUUGAGUUUCACUGUUACAAUGGAUGGGAAGAAGCUGUCAGGGGCUGGGCCAGAGUGGAUCCAAUGAGCUGCAUACUUUUGACUCCAAAGACGUACAGGAAAGCAAAGCACAAGGAGGCUGCCACCCCGACCCCCGUAUCUGCUAACCCAGCAACCCCCUCUAAUGCGGACAACUCAUCCAGCACAGCAAAGCACCACUGUGAAUCUCAUGUGGGCUUGAAAGGCAGCUUUCAGAAAUCCACACAAUUAAACCAGCACAUGGGAUCCUGGAGUAACACUGCUGUGGCCGUUCUACAGAAAGAGGCCCCAGAAUGGACUGUUAUCAAUGCAUUGCAAGAAACCACAUCAACUCUCUUAUUCAGAGAAAAAGUAGAGCAGGAAGAGGAGCUCAGAAAGACUCCUCAUUUCUCCACAAAACACUCUGUGUUUGACAACAGGCCCUCUAAGCCACAGAAACACAGCCAUAGACCCACUAGCACAGUGGUUCCUAUUAAAAACUUCACAUUUUUACCACCUAUUAAACCACCUCAGAGAAACAGUGGUAAUAGAGCUUCCGAAGGAGAAACCACUGAGGAAAACAUUUUCCCGUUUGAUAAUAAAAGCAGAACAAGAGGAACAAGAAUGGACACUGUUGCUAACCCAGAGCUUCCAACUUACUCAGCAGGCCUGACCUCCAAGUACCGGACAUGUCAGCACAACCCCCACAUGUUCUCUGCUGUGAGUGUUUUGAGAGGUAUCAGGUACCAACGUCUUCCAAACCUGACACACUGCACCGCACCAGCUACUCAAUGGUCACACGCGCACACCGCUCCAGCACUGCUGUAAGUCAAGCCCAUAUACAACCAAACAAGACAGGGUGUGCCGCCAAGCUGUAUAAGGGCUGUGAAAUAAACGUUUAACUCAUGCUGGUAUUAAAGUACACUAUUUUUUCAAACUCUCAGGUUCAACCAAGUAAAACAAAACUGUAUUUAAAUGUACUUUAUCAUUAUUUCUAUGGAAAAACUUUUGGUUGAAUAAUUCAAAUUUUAUGUUUCAGAAGAGAUAUUCGCUGAAGGUGUUAUUCCUUUUUCUUUUUUCAACCACCAGAAAGUUCAGUUUAACCACACUAACCAUAACAAUACCUGUGCACUGCACAGAUCAUUUAGAGGUUAAGCUCUCUAUGCCAUUUGGGCCUCAUUUUGUGUUCUGACCAGUUCCCACAAUGUUUUAUCAGCUGUUCUUGUUACCUAGCAACAGUGCAUCUACCUCAUCAGAGACAUAGCAGUGCACUGGCCUCAAACUUUCCUCUUUUUAAACUUUAGCCACAAGCCACAGCUCUGUCCGAAAUGAAGUGCUGCAGUUAUGCGAGCGCACAUAAUGCCAAACUUCUGUAUCUGUUCUGUAAUGUCUUUGUACUCCAGUGUAGUUAUACAUCAGUCAGAAAGUAAUGAUUUGUUACUGUGGAAGGGUCCGGGAUGAUGCUCACGCUUACCCUACUCGGUCUUCAUGGCAGAGUCAUGCUGAGAUCCUGAAACAAAGUAUGUCAUGUUUGUCUUCCAAAAACCCGCCAAAUUGCUGCAACAUAAUUUAAAACCAAGAUGAUUGUUUUAACUUGCCCUUAUUAUACUACCUCUUUUGUGUUUUGCUGACCUGUUAAAUAAAUGACAAUCUCUUCAAAAUUAUGGUUUUUAAGUCAUUAUAUCUGCAAUGUUAAUUGAACAAAACUACCUUGACCAACAAGCUU